AUGAAGGCCUAUAUCGCCGUGCCAGUGACGCUGGCCAUGGUCGUGCGCGCACACGCCCAUAAAUCCCUGACGCCAGCUGGAAUCGUCGCCGCCGUGUUGACAGCAGCCGCGCACGCCGUCCACCCCUGGAGCUUGCCCUUUGCCCUCCUGGUUGUGUUUUUCCUAGCGGGCACGAAAGUCACAAAGGUUGUUGUCAAGCAUGCUGUCAAGGCGAAGUUGACCAUGUCCGCAUCCGGGGCAGAGGGCGAAGGGGCGCGGACACAUGUUCAAGUCCUUGCCAACUCCGGCGUCGCAUCGCUUCUUACGCUGCUUCACGCGUACCAGCUAUACCAGCGGAACGAUGGUGUCCUACCCCGAAGCUCGACGGACUGUUAUUCAUGGCCCGGGGACCUCCUGGUCGUGGGAAUCGUCGCGAACUACGCCGCUGUCGCAGCCGAUACUUUCAGUUCAGAGCUAGGCAUACUAUCCAAGAGUAAGCCUCGUCUUAUUACCAGCUGGAAUCUGCGGGAGGUCCCUCCGGGAACGAACGGAGGUGUGACAUUACAUGGACUCGCGUCAGGGCUCCUAGGCUCUCUGGUCAUUGUCGCUACAUCCGUCGCUCUGAUCCCGUUCUGCCCGCCAAAGUUGGGAGGAUGGGGUCUGAACGCAAGAAAUCGCUUUGCAUUUGCGAUGGCUAUAUGGGGAGCUCUGGGCAGCGUUUUGGACAGCGUCCUCGGCGGAUGGCUACAACAAAGUGUUGUAGAUACCCGCACUGGGCGGAUCAUUGAGGGAGAGGGCGGGAGGAGGGUUCUCGUAUCGAAAGCAGGACCAAACAGCAUGCACCACAAGAAGAGCGCCGAGAUCAAAGCUACGCUGCUCAGCGGCGAGGGCGGAGACUCCGUCAUCCAACCCAUUGGCGAAGAAGCAGCUGAAAAGUCGAUCGAACCCGAACUCGACGAAAAUAUGGGUGGCAUGAAUAAGUACGACGUCCGGCAGAAGUUUCGGAAAUCCAGCUUCGGCGACGAGAAGCCCAGCCGGAUCGUGGAAAGCGGCUCUAUAGGGAUCCUCGACAACAACGAGGUCAAUUUUCUCAUGGCUCUAACCAUGAGUCUUGGGGCGAUGGGAAUUGCGAGUUGGGUUUGGAAUAUCCCUUUCAGCAGCAUAUUAUCAUUGUAA